CUUUUAUUGCACAUUUGUAUAUGGUGUGAAAUCUAUUAUUACACCCUCACAUUUUCGGUUGUAUUUCUUUAGUGUGUAUUUUCAACAACUUUUAAGGAUUUGCAGAAUAUCAUUGUUAAAAAAUGGAGUUGGGUAAAAAGUUAUUGGAACAAGGCUGGUACAUAACUGAUGAAGGCCUUAAAAAAGUUAUUGCUGCAGCCUCUAAUGGAGAUGGUACGGAAGUCAAUGAUGUUCGAAAAGUAAUUUCUGUCAUAAUGAAUAUGGAUUUACGAGAAAUCGGUGGCGGCGCUCUUCCAAUUAAAAAAGACAAUAGUAUUCCUGGUCGAAUUGUUCUCCAAUUGCAAAAGACAAGAAAUAUAUCUGCGCCAAAAUCAAAUGAAGAAUCCAAAACCUGUCCAAGGUUUUUACAAUUGGAGCUGACUGACGGUCAAACCACAAUUCAUGCCUUAGAACUAGAAAAUAUUUCGACAUUGAAUAUGAACUUACCACCGGGAACAAAAAUUUAUUUUCGUUCCGAACGGCUUAAUUUAAUGCAAAAUUUUUUGAUUCUACGUUCGUCAGAACUACAGGUUUUAGGUGGUCGUGUUGAGGCACUGGUGGAAAAAUGGGAGCUGGCACGUUCUAUGUUAAAAUAUGCCAAAAGCGGACGUAGAAUGAGCGGAGCUAAUGGUCCACCACCAUGGAUACCGUUUGGAAAAAAACUAGAAAAUUCACUAUCAAAUGAGCGUAACUUUAAAAGUUUACAAGCUGCAGGAUCAGAGGGAAAAGAAACAAAAGAGAACGAGGAGUUUAAUGCAAUGCGUAACGAAGCAAUAGCUGAAGCAAGUAAAACGGGAUCGAAAAAGAUCUUUGGCGGGGGCGGACAACAAAUGCUGGAUCAUAAUGUUAAAAAAAUACUUGAAAAAGGUUUUAGUGAAGAAGAUGCGAAACAGGUUUUGCGUACAACUAAUAAUAAUUUAGAACGUGCCCUUUAUAACUUAAAACGUCGAGGAGAAGUCAAAAGAGCGGAAGAAAAUGGGAAUGAAAGUGGAAAUUUCAGAAAUACUCAAGCUGGUACAUUUAUAUCUUCGAAGAAUAAUCGAGGAGUCCCAACACGAGAAAUGGGACCUGGAAAACGAGGAGGGCCAUUAGUAAAAGAGGAUGCUAAUGUAGCGAAACCAGCCGGAAAUGUAUCCCUCUUUGAUUUUUUGACUGAUAAAUUACCAGUAGAUAUUGGAUCGAAUAGCAAUCCAGCCAAUUCAACAUUUACUACGAAUAUUCCUGACGAGCCGACAAAGUCAAAUAAAUUUGAAAAAUAUAAGAAAGAAGCACCCAAACCUAGUGGUACUGAAAAGAAAAUAACUGAAAGCAUUGUUCAGACUAAUUCUAACACAAUGCAUGCAAGGUUUGAAAAUACGAUGUCUAGCAGUUUUGCCGCUAACCGCUCGACUGGACAAGUAAAUGUACGUCAGAGAACUGAUCGCGGUAAUACUAGGGGAGGACGUAGUUUUAAUGAAAGGACGAAGAAUACCCCGACUUUUAAUCCUUUUAAAGAACCUGGAAAUGAUCGUAAUAACGAUAAUGUUCGUUCUUCUGGUUGCAUCUCAAAUCUAAAUACAAACCAAGGUCGUAAUAACCGGGUAUCGUAUGAACGAGGAAAAAAUACUAAUACUUCCAAUGGAGAUUUACCAGAAACUGAAAUUAAUUAUGCAAACAAGCGAGGAAAUGAAAAACAGCAACAGCAGAGAAAUCCUGGAGGAGCAGAAUAUAUUGGCGGAAACAAUGAAAACAGAAGCCGAUUUGCCAAUAAACGUGAAAAUAGCAAUCAACGUCAAAAUAAUAAUACUGAUAGUAAAAAUAGUAGUGCAACUAAAAGUACUGCCAGAGUAAGCAACAGCAGUAAUACCAGCCAAAUAAAUAAAUUAAUUGAAGACACCUCCAAAUUAAAAAUUUCUGAUCUCGGUCGUAGUCCCGGUAGCACAACUGGGGAAGCUUGCUCUAACUUGCAAAUAUCUCCGAACACAUCACAAAAUGUCGGACCGAGUCAGCAAACUAAUCAAAUGGAAAGCACUACGCAAGCUAAUGAUGGUUUUUCUUACGACACAAGUAAAAUAAUUGGUUUUCAAAACAAAAAAACUAAUGAAUUUGCUAUGACCUUGUUAAAGAGCCAAGGUCUAGUUUCAUCAAAGCCAGCUUUAUAUGCUCAACUGCAACAGCAACCUUCGUCAUCCCGGUUACAAGCACCGUUUCAUAUGAAUUCGUAUGUUUCCUCUACAAGUGACUAUUCGCUACCCACCCCACCGACAGAAUCAACUGUAGCACCAAUUCCAAGUCAUUUUGGAAUGGUACAAGGUGAUGGCUGGCAGUGGAAGAUUGGAGAUCUUUGUUUUGCUAAAUACUGGGAUGAUGGACGGUAUUAUGAAGCAGAAGUAACCGCGGUGUCCGAGAAAACAUGUGUAGUAUUUUACCUUGGAUAUGGAAACCACGAAGAAGUUUUAAAGUCUGAUUGUCUGCCAAUAACCGAUGGCAAUCAUUGUCCUGUGAAUAAUUAUAACAGUUCUUUGCCUUAUCAGCAAUCAUUUCCAGGAAAAUCCAAUGCAAUAGCUCCAAUUCAUUCAUCUCAACAAAUCCAACAGGGUGCGUAUCAACGCGGUGGAACGGGCACUCACCGUUUUCGAGGUGAGAGGCAAAUGUAUGUGCCACCACACAAACGGGAAAAUUGACAUGUAUUAAAAUGUGAAUAAUAAAUGUGUUACAUUUAUUAAAUUGACCACUGUUAAAUAAAUAUUCACAUUAUAUAAAAACUAUAGAUUAAUUAUGUCCAUAGAAGACGGGCGAGUUAGAUUACUUCAAAGGGCUUUUCAUAAAAAAAAUAAGAAAAAUAAUGUUACCAAAAUCAUGUAUACAUCAGAAUUAUUAAAUUAUGUAAAAAUUGUUCAAAUAUAUUAAUUAGAACUCGUUCAAUAUAAUUUCAAUAAGACUAUUAUAAACUUUGAAUCUAAAUUUAAAAAAAUAUGUGUAUUCCGUAAAAUAAAACUCGAUCCAAUUGAUUUAUAAAUACUACAUGAUAACGAUUAACCUAGAUGGCAUAAAAUACAAAACAAAUAAAGUGAAUUGGUAGAAGUCAAGGAAAA